AUGGUUCUCUCCCGCGACCCUGAAAUACGGGCCAAGGAGGUGAAGCGGGUCAGGACGGAGAUCCGCAUUUGCGAUCACCUGAGGGGCCAGUGCGAACACGUGGUCGUCAUCAGGGAUGGCAUCCACAUGAGAGAUCAGGGACGGUACAUAUUAUCGAUGGACCUGUUCCCCGGCGUCGACUUGGGCUUGUUCCAAGUCGGCGUCGGAGGCCUAGGGAUCGACGAGCUUGUCCAUCUAUAUAGACAGGCCACAUUGGGGUACAAUGGAUUGCCGUAUGAUGGACGCCAGAUAGAUGCAUGGAGCCUCGGCGCCUCAAUUUAUACAACGCUGAACGGAGAUGUCUCUUCGAGGCACCGGACAGCAAUGACAGUCUGUUCCGGAUUUUCAUGGAAGAAGGAACUUUUCCGCCAAAUGAAGACGAGGACAUUGACGGCAUGGACCAAGAGACUAAAAACUCGAUGGUCGUUGGAAAUUUUGUUACGUUCUGAGUGGAUGAAUGAUCCGCACAGCUACACGCCGAGCUUCCCGAUUCUUCCAAAAUGGCGUGCC